CAGAGAGAGAGACAGAGAGAGAGAGAGAGAGAGAGAGGACAACACAGAGAGAGAGAGAGAGAGAGAGAGACAGAGACGUCUCCAGUGGACAGUUUGACGUCUGGACCAAACUUGAUUCCUCGUCCGAUCAUAAAGAGGCAGAGAUCUGCGGUGGUUCAUUGAAGAGAACGACUGAGAGGAAUCUGAACAUGAAGUCAAAGCUGUGAAUCAGGUUUGACAGAACCAGAAGCUGAGGAUGAGUCACGAGGAGGAAACGGUUCAGGACAAAUCUGAAACAAGAGACGAGGAAUCUCAAGAAAACCGUGAAGUCAAAGACAUGAAGGUGAAAGUUCAGCCGGAGAAGAAGACCAUCAGCCCGCUGACGCUCCUCAGAGACGACCUCAGCCAGUUCAAAGACGAAGUGCUGAAGGUGUUAAAGGACACGAGGGCGGAGCCUGAGGCCCGUACGUCCAAUCAGACAGGAAAUAAGGUGAGUAGCAGCACGCUCAGUCUCCUCAGAGACGACCUGAGCCAGAUGAAAGAGGGCGUGGGCAGCAUCUUCGGCAACUCAUCCAAAGACAAAGACGUGAAAUCUGCAGAUCCUAAAAGCAGUCAGGCAGCGGAGAGGAGCUUCAAUCCUCUGAGCCUCAUCAGAGAGGACAUCUCUAAUGUCUUCAGACUGGCUCUGUCCAAGGACAAAGACAACAGAGACCUCUCGGCCCAGAAUGACAAAAUAAAAGUCCUCAGCGCUGAAAGAACCGACGUGUCCUUUAUGAGGCUGUUCAGAAGAGACCAAACUCUGAGGAGCUGUGAAAGAGCCGAGGACGGACAGGAAGAUAAAAAGAGGACUUCGGAAAAAAACGAGAGACAAACAGACGAUGGUUUCACAGGACAACUCUCAGACAGCGAAGACAAGAUCAACACCAUGGAGGACCAAUCAGAGGAGAGCGUUGAGGACGAUGGGUCUGAGCGGACACCGACACCUAGUCCACCUGAGGAGACGAGAUCACAGACAGCAGAUCAGAGACGUGACCACGACUCUGUGGAUUCAAAGGAAGACCAGAACAAAGAAGAACAAAGUUCAGAGACUCUUCAGUUGGAGAAUCUGAUCUCUGAGCUCAGCCUCAUUAGUCUGAGAGAAGACAAAGACGAGGACAGGAGAGACGAACCGGGAGAAGAACUGUGGUCGGUGAAAAACUUCGCCAUUUAUCUGACCUUUGACCCGAGCACUGCCAACUCAGAGCUGCUCCUGUCCGCCCACAACAGGAAGGCGACUCGCGUGUGGUCGGACAAUCGCUACUUGGAAAACAUGGACCGGUUUGAGUGCUGCCCUCAGGUCCUGUGCCGGGAGGGGCUGCUGGACUCGGUGUACUGGGAGGUGGAGUGGAGCGGCGGCGCCGACAUCGGCGUCACCUACAACAGCCUCUCCAGAGACGGAGACCCGGCGAGCUGCCUGCUGGGACACAACGAGAGCUCCUGGAGUCUGGAGUGCUCGGAGGACAGCUACACACCGUGUCACAACAACAGGAGAUUCCAGUCCUCCUCGCCUGAUCCCUUCACCCGCAGAGUCGGGCUGUACCUGGACUGGUCUGCAGGAUCCCUGUCGUUCUACUGCAUCUCACAGGACGCCAUGGUCCACCUCCACACCUUCAGCUCCACCUUCAGCCAGCCGCUGUACCCUGGCUUCUGGGUGUGGGCCUACGACGGCUCGGUGUCGCUGUGUCAGGUGGAGUUGAACUGGGAACGCCUGCUGCAGUGAAUCCCUGUGACAGCAGUGCCACCAGAGUCCAUGUGGGGGCACUGCAGCCGAUAGUGCAGACAGGACCAUGAGGCACAAAGAAGAAACCUCAACACUGGUGGAGCUUUUUGAGAAUUGUUGAUAACCGUUGUUUAUUGUUUGAUUCUCCAGCUGGACGCAGAGACUUUAUCACAACCUCUUCCUCCGUCGCCCUGUAGUCUCUCCGCUCUGUGCUGCCCUCUGGUGGAUAUUCACAACCACGUCAAUGGACAGGACCCGUCUGAGGUGUGUGGACGGUUACAUCGUUAGAAACGUGCGUCUCUUUUUCAAACGUAAAGUUUAAAUAAACGAUCCUUGAGACGGACGAGCGAGAGACACUUCAGAAUCAAUCUGAAUUACUGAUCUGGAGAAUCAGUUAAUUACACCUCGUUAGAAUCAGUCGGAUAAAAAGUAUUUGUUGUCAUGUGAUGUUUGUUUCAUUUGUGUUGCCUAUCUGACUGUGUGUGUGUCUGACUGUGUGUGUGUCUGACUGUGUGUGUGUCUGACCUGCAGC